GAUCUUGAGAUCUGUUUAUUCAAUGGGAAGAGCAGAUUAUUCUUUUCAUCAGUAGAAAUGGACAGCAGCAGUUUCAUUCAGUUUGAUGUGCCCGAGUACAGCAGCACUGUUCUGAGCCAGUUAAACGAACUCCGCUUGCAAGGGAAGCUCUGUGACAUAAUCGUGCACAUCCAGGGUCAGCCGUUCCGCGCCCACAAAGCUGUGCUGGCUGCCAGUUCUCCGUAUUUCCGCGACCAUUCAGCACUGAGCACCAUGAGUGGCCUAUCAAUAUCAGUUAUUAAAAACCCCAGUGUUUUUGAACAGUUGCUUUCUUUCUGUUACACUGGAAGGAUGUCCUUGCAGCUGAAGGAUGUUGUCAGCUUUCUGACUGCAGCUAGCUUCCUACAGAUGCAGUGUGUCAUUGACAAGUGCACACAGAUACUGGAGAGUAUCCAUUCAAAGAUCAGUGUUGGUGAUGUUGAUUCUGUCACUGUUGGUGCUGAAGAAAAUUCAGAGAAUCGCAACGGCGUUAAAGACAGCAGCUAUUUUGCCAAUCCUAUUGAGAUAUCUCCUCCCUAUUGCUCUCAGGUGCGACAGUCAACAGCAGGCAGUGAUCUUCAGAUGGAAACUACUCCAGGCAAAUCUCUACGUAGUCGUCUGCAAGAAGAAGGGCAUUCAGACCGAGGGAGCAGUGGGAGUAUCUCUGAAUAUGAGAUUCAGAUUGAAGGUGAUCAUGAGCAAGGAGACCUGAUAGUAAGGGAAAGUCAGAUUGCAGAGGUCAAAGUUAAAAUGGAAAAGUCUGACAGGCCAAGCUGCUCUGAUAGCUCUUCCCUUGGUGACGAUGGAUAUCACACCGAAAUGGUGGAUGGAGAGCAGGUCGUGGCAGUAAAUGUUGGUUCCUAUGGGUCUGUCUUACAACACGUUUAUUCGUUUACCCAUGCCUCAUCACAGGCUACAGGUGUGUCAGAAACCUUUGGAAGCCUGAGCAAUACAAGUCCUUCAAGGUCAAUGCUGAGCUGUUUCAGAGGGGGUCGUGCACGCCAAAAACGGGUACCCAUGGGUCACUUGCACAGUGAUGUCCAGGGCUUGGUGCAAGGGGCUGACAAUGAAUCCAUGGUGAGUAAUCCAGGAUAUGAAAGUAGUCCACGGGAAAGGAAUGCAAGAGGUCAUUGGUAUCCAUACAAUGAGAGGCUAAUUUGUAUUUACUGUGGGAAGUCUUUCAACCAGAAAGGGAGCCUGGAUCGACACAUGCGAUUGCACAUGGGCAUAACUCCUUUCGUGUGCAAGUUUUGUGGAAAGAAAUACACCCGUAAGGACCAACUUGAGUAUCAUAUUCGUGGUCACACAGAUGACAAACCCUUUCGCUGUGAGAUCUGUGGAAAAUGUUUUCCUUUCCAGGGUACACUAAACCAGCACUUGCGAAAAAAUCACCCCGGGGUAACAGAAGUGAGAAACAGGGUUGAGUCUCCAGACAGAACAGAAGCGUUUGUGGAACAGAAAGUAGAUAAUGAUGCUUCAGCUUCUGAAGCCAUGGAUUCUAGUGUGGAAAUUCAUGCAAUGUCUAACGCAUCUGAUUGAAACAUUACAUUCUAAGUGCAACACAAGCAAGCACAUGACUAAUGUAUUUUAUAAGUAUUCUGUUCUUUUAGUAAUCUUCAGUACAACAGCCUUUUAAUUUUCCUGACCUUCUGGAAACCAGAAAUGGUUUUUGGAGAUUAUGUAAGUACACUUUGUUUUUGAAGGAGGCU